UCAAGCCGUUGAAUCAACAGAAUUUUAAAUUCGCAUAAGUGGGCCACAUAGUCUUUGUUUCGUAUAAAUAGCAAGUGAAAUCUUCCUUUGCUGCAUCAAGUGAUCAUCAGUCACAAAUGUCUUAAGAGCCUCUUCUUCACAAAAUCAUCAUCCCUCUGAUCUCUCUCACUUUACAUAUCUUCACUCAAUCGCCACGUUUUUUUGACACUACGAUAUAGUUAAAAAAGAAGAAGAAAAAUGAUUAUGGUGCCAGCAACAUCAUCCUAUGCCUGCAAACAAGAAGUAUCCCUAAUAAAUUUCCAAAAGGGACUCAACAAAAUGGAGUCUUUAUUUCACAACCGAAACAAAGAUAAGGUGGUAGUGAUAAUGGGGGCCACAGGAACUGGAAAGACCAAAUUAGCCAUAGAAUUGGCCAAACAUUUUCAGCCAGCUGAAAUUGUGAAUUCAGACAAAAUGCAAGUUUACAAAGGUCUUGAUAUUACAACAAAUAAGGUGACAGAAGAAGAGUGUGAUGGGGUCCCACACCAUCUCUUAGGUGUAUUUGAUCCUACCACAAAUUUCACUGCCAAUGAUUUUUGUUACCAUGCUUGUUCAGCCAUUGAUUCAAUUGUGGAAAAAGAUGGAUUACCUAUUAUUGCUGGUGGUUCAAAUUCUUACUUAGAUACCUUAGUGAACCAUUGUACUGAAUUUAGGUUAAGGUAUGAGUGUUGUUUUCUAUGGGUUGAUGUUUCAUUGCCAGUGCUUCAUUCUUCACUUCAAUCGCGCGUUGAUCGUAUGAUUGAAGCUGGUCAAGUUGAUGAAGUUCGUGAAUUUUUUGACCCUUUUGGUGAUUAUACUAAAGGGAUUCGAAGAGCUAUUGGGGUGCCUGAAUUUCAUGAUUUUCUUGUAGCGGAAGCAAAUUCAGCGGAUGAAAGAACUAAGAAGAGGCUUCUUGAAGCUGCCAUUAGCAGGCUCAAGAUUAAUAAUUGCACGCUUGCAAAUAGACAAGUUCAGAAGAUUCGUCGAUUAAAUGGAAUGUGGAAAAGGAGUAUGCAUCGUCUCGAUGCCACCGAAACGCACCUUAGGAGUGGUUCACACACUAGUAAGGAAGUGUGGGAGGAUCAUGUGCUUGCAAAAAGUCUUGUGAUACUCUACAACUUUCUCUAUGGUGAAACACACGCCCACUCUAGAAUUUUGUCGCCAACUAAUGUAAUUGCCAACUUUUCUGCACCACCGCAGUCGCUGGCAUUGCCUGCUGUUGCGGCGGCAAUCCGUUAGAGGUGGUGGGACAGGGAAUCUACAUACAAAGGUUGCACAAUUGACAUGCUUGACACACCA